AUGGCUUUUCAUGAAAAAGUCUGCAACGGAUUCAACAAGUACUGCAACUAUUCGUGAGAUUUCAACAAGAUCCUCCACGGCCUGUGUACAGGAGUGUUUGGGAAACGCCUACUGUGUUGGAGUAAUCUACAACAGGAACUCUAUGAAAUGUCAUCUUCAAACACGAUCCAAUUCUGCUGCCGUUGUAAAGCUAGAAACAGAUUCUGUUUUUUAUGAUGUGCAAUUUGAAAACAGUGUGAGAAAAAUAAAUCCAGCUAGCUGUUCGGAGAUAAAGAAAUGUUCCUCAUCUUCCACUGACGGAGAGUUCUGGGUGUUUCCCGAUACAUAUGACCGACAGACGGCCAUUAAGACGUACUGUGAGGGUAUGACGUCACCGGAAACAGCUUCUGAGUAUAUCACUCUACAUUAUGACAACUACUCUAUUCGGCGCGAUUUGAACCAUGGCAGUAGAUGUUACACAAAAAAUACAAAAAAUUUGAUGAGAACCACAUUUUCCAAAGUAAAAAUAAACGUUGAGGCAAGUGUGUAA